AUGUUAGAUGCAUCCAAGAAUAGCCACAAGCCCAAUAAAUGGGUAACAUCACCUUCCAAAAUAUCACCCAAAGAAAUACAAGUAAACGUCAAUGAUCUUCGACAAAUACAAACCAACAUGGUAUCCAAUACUAGGACAGGAGAAUGUUUCAUAAAUGGCAACAAAUUGGCAAUUGCUAUUUUCUGUGUCAGUAUCCUAUCAAUAGCUGCUGCGGUAUCACCAUUAGUUUAUUCAUUAACAAGAAGAAAUGAUGAAGUUUCAACAACAACAACAGAUACAUCAACGUUAUUUUCAAAUGCAACUUCAACCACAAGUGGUGUAAUUCCUUAUCGGUGGAAUACGACUGGUAUAACUAUAUUGAAUUCGUCACAAAUUUCAAGUGUCUCUGGUCUAUUUUUUGAUUCAAACGAUACACUUUAUAUUGUCGAUGAAUAUCCAAAUUCUGUUGUAUGGAAAUUGCCAAAAAAUACUUUGACACCCAUUUUAGUGGCUGGUAUAGUACAGUCACGUGGCACUGGUGCCAGUCAACUGAACCGUCCUCAAGACGUUUAUGUUGACUCAAAUAAAAAUAUGUAUGUGACUGAUUGUUAUGGUCAUCGUCUUCAAAAAUUUAUAAAUGGCUCAACAGCUGGUGUGACAAUAGCUGGUAUAACUGGAUCAAAUGGUACGGCGCUGAAUCAGUUUAAUUGUCCGCGAUAUUUUUGUCUCGAUCCAACUGAAACAUACUUGUAUAUUAAUGAUAAUAGUAAUCAACGUACUAUGCUCUAUCGAUCUAAUUCAACAACAGGUACUAAUGGUACUAUUGUUGCUGGUGGCAAUAGUAACGGUAAUUCUAAUAUACAAUUACACUAUCCAUGGGGAAUUCAUUAUCUUCCAUCUAUAAGCACUGAUAUGUAUAUAGCAAACAAUGCUGGACAUUCGGUGAUGCGAUGGAUACCAGGUGCUUCAUCAGGCAUUUUCGUCGCUGGUACAGCUGGCGUAUCAGGUUCUAAUGCCACACUUCUAAAUAGUCCAAUGGGCCUCAAAAUUGAUGCAUAUUUGAAUAUAUAUGUUGUUGACAAAAGAAAUCAUAGAGUACAAAUGUUUUGUCAAAACAGUUCACUUGGUAUUACAAUAGUUGGGACUGGAGUAGCUGGUAAUAGUACAACUGAACUAAAUGCCCCAAGAAGCAUAGCAUUUGAUUCAUCAAUGAAUAUGUACAUUGGUGAUACAGGAAAUGUUCGCGUUCAAAAGUUUCUCAAAAUCUAG